CUUGUGUUACGACAUCAGCGCUGCCUUUUUUUCAUAAAGUGGGUGUCAACCCGGUGAAAACACAGCUCCUCUCCUUUACACCACCUCCCCAUUCAUUAAGGAAGUUGACUUCUGUCAGUUGAAGCUGCACAACACAGGACGCAAAAAUGAGCAAAACUGAGACUAACGGCCAGAGCAGCGCUCACAUUUCCAAGAAGCCCAGACUGAGCGGAGACACCUCGACCCUUCACCUGGACGGAAUCCCUCCGGACACGCUCAGCAAGGUGGAGAUGUACCUGGAGCCUUUCCGUCUGUCUCUGGAGAAGCUGCAGCAGGUUUCUGCUCUGUUGAGGAAGGAUCUGAUCCGAGGUUUGGGAAAACACUCGCAUCACAGGGCGCCCGUCAAGAUGCUGCCCACGUUUGUCAGGGAGACGCCAGAUGGGACAGAGAAAGGCGACUUCCUGGCCUUGGAUCUGGGCGGAACGAACUUCCGAGUGCUCCAUGUCCGUGUGAUGGAGGAGGAGCAGAAAGUGGUGAAGAUGGACAGUCAGAUCUGUGCCAUCCCACAGGAAAUCAUGCUGGGGACAGGAGAACAGUUGUUCGACCACAUCGCCGCCUGUCUCAGUGAUUUCAUCGACUCUCAGGACCUGAAGGGAAAAACUCUUCCUCUGGGCUUCACUUUCUCCUUCCCCUGCGAGCAGAAAGAAAUCGACAAGAGCAUCUUGAUCCGCUGGACCAAAGGCUUCAACUGCUCCGGGGUGGAGGGACAAGAUGUGGUGAAGCUACUGAAAGAGGCUGCUAAGAGAAGAGGGGACUACGAUAUUGGCUCGGUUGCCAUGGUGAACGAUACAGUGGGCACGAUGAUGAGCUGUGGCUACAGGGACCAGAGCUGUGAGAUCGGCAUGAUCAUCGGGACGGGAACCAACUGCUGCUACAUGGAGGAGAUGAUGAACGUCAAGCGCGUGGAGGGCGACGACGGGAGAAUGUGCAUCAACACAGAGUGGGGCGGCUUUGGAGACGACGGCUCCCUGAAAGACGUCCAGACGGAGUUUGACGUGGAGGUGGACAAGAUGUCAAUCAACCCCGGCGUCCACACCUUUGAGAAGAUGAUCAGCGGCAUGUACUUGGGGGAAAUUGUUCGACUUGUGCUGGUGAAGCUGACGGAGGACAAGCUGCUUUUUAAAGGACAGACGUCUGAGGCGCUGCUCACCCAGGACAAAUUUGAGACGAAGUUCAUCUCUUGGAUUGAGGAGCCUGACAGUGGCCUAGAAAAUUGCCAGAGGGUUCUGACCUCGCUGGGUCUGAACUGGGAGCCGGUUGAUGCCAGCGUGGUGCGUCUGGUCUGUGACACCAUCUCCUCACGCUCCGCCCGCCUCUGUGCUGCCGCCCUGGCGACCGUUGCCAACCGUAUCCGUGCCAACCGAGGGCUGAAACGUCUGAAGACCACGGUGGGGGUGGACGGGACGGUCUACAGAAAGCACCCGAAUUUCAGCGAGGAGCUCAAGGCAGCGGUGCGCCUGCUCGCCCCCAAGUGUGACAUCUCCUUUCUUGUCUCGGAGGACGGCAGCGGGAAGGGCGCUGCUAUGGUAACGGCGGUGGCUCAGCGGCUGGCUCUCCGGUCCCGGCUGUUAGAGGACAGCGACGGCGAGGACGAGGAGGUGGAGGAGGAGGAGGUAGAGGAGGAGGACGACGAGGAGGAGGAAGAUAAAUAAGAAGCAACAACAGAAUCAGCUGGAUUUGUCUCUCUUGUACUGUUUUGUUUUUUUUAAUAUAAAACCUGAUUAAUUUUUCAUCCCAGCUGUUGAUACGACGUCAACAUUCAAAGUUCUAAAAUUAAAAAUUUCUGCACAAUAUCUGAAUCACUUGAUAUGCUGCUGUGAAGUUUGUACAUUUGAAAAAAAAAAAACACAGCGCAAUUAUUUAUGAUUAUAUUUCAUAUCAAGAAAAUAAUAAAUGAAUUUUUAUCGUCUGUAA